CUGAACUUCAAGCACUUUCUGCUGCGGUGGAGGUGGGGGUUAAGGAGGCAGUAGCAAACAACAGCAGACUACGUACUGCGAAGCAGACGAGCUGGUGAAAACGGGGGAAUGUUAUGGAUUACUCUAAUUUGUAAUGAUGAAUAAUGGGCCUAAAUGAUGCAGUUCAAGCACUGAAAAAAGCAGAUGUUCUAAAAGAGAAAGUUAAUAAUUGUCGAGAAUUGCUGAACGAUGGAGAUGCUUGGGUUUGGCAACAACAGUUGCAACGUAUUUAUCAACAAGUUCUCUUACAAGAUUUGGAAUAUGCCCUUGAUUGCAAAGUGGAACAGGAAUUAUGGAACUAUGGGUUCAAAAACUACAUUGGCAUUCUUCAGAAUAUGGUGAAAGACAAAAAGAAUCCCAGGAGAACUGAAUCACAAGCAAUGUUAUCAUGGUGUCUUGAAGCAGCUAGUGGCUUUUACCUGACAUUGCUGCAGGAAAUUUGUGCAGCUUUUGAUCUGGAUCUAUCUUGCCGCAGGAGAGAUUCAGUCUAUGGAAUUAGUGAUAACUACAACAAUGUUCCUAACAGGCUCAUACAGCCUAAUACAACUUCGUGUUCCUACAUUUGUCAGCAUUGUCUAGUUCACCUUGGAGACAUUGCUCGAUAUCGCAACCAGAAUCGUCAGGCAGAAUCAUUUUACAGGCAUGCUGUUCAGCUUUCCCCUCAUUCAGGCCAACCAUACAAUCAGUUGGCUCUCUUAGAUUCCAGUAGAGGAGACCGUCUUGGGACAGUUUUUCACUAUGUCAAAAGUGUAUCAGUGAAACACCCUUUUCCUGCAGCUGCAACAAAUUUAAAGCGAAUGUUUAGUAGGUUUGCUGAAGAUCAGUUGAACUUGGAUGGACGUAGCAAGUUAACAGUUCAAGAAUAUGUUGCCUUGUUUCUCAAAUUUCAUGGGAUGCUGUAUCUUAAUGCAGAUCUCACAGCCUGCAGUCGUACUAUUCGUCUCUUGACUGACACACUGACAGCGCAGGUGGCAACCGAAAGCUUUACAUCUAGAAAGCUAGUUCAGAUGUUGGCUGUCAAUUUAUAUGCCUUGCAUCGUGCUCGGGGUAACAUUUUCCCUGCUGAAAAUGAAAGGCAUUGGGACCAGAGAGAUGAUCUUGCUCCCAAAUUGUCACCUGAUGAGAUACAGGCCAAAAGCCUCCUUUUAGAUCUCAUAGCAGGUUCCCUGUCUGCUCUUUUAUUGCCAGUAUACACUAUCAGAGAGAAUGAGGCUCUUCUUGAAUAUUUUGCUCUUCCUGCAAUUAAACUUACUCUGGACUGGAUUCGUCUCGAGCCUCAUGUACUUAAUAAUCAAGCUUUCUCAUCCCGGUUGCAAAUCUGGCCAAGUUUGUGCAAGUUACUAAAUGGCUUACAGCCUCUUCUCAAUGCUUCAGAUCAGUCAAACAAAGUUUCAUCAAUCCCUCUCCCAGAGGACAGAGAACUUCAUGGCUUUUUGCCACUCACUAAAGCUAUGCAAGAGUUAACGUUCCAUUGCGAAGACUCCAAAAUUGAUACACCUGAAAUAAACCGCUUCCGUGCCUCAAGACUUGUUCAAUUUGGUGUUUGGUUAUCCAAGCAAGAAGAAAAUGCAGUUAUAUCAUCCAGAGAAAUGCAUGACAAGAGCAGAGAAGGCCUGGCCAGUAUUCGGUCUUUUGAGGCUUUAGCAAGUGGCCAAGCCCCGUCAAGUGAGCUGAUUCGAGAACUAGAACAAUUAAGUCUUGGAGUUGGACAGUGUCCUCAGCAACCAUCGCCAUCGCCCUCCGAUGCAGGCAGUUGGGGUGGUAGCAGCACAUCAACACCUGGGGGUGCUGUGAGUCCUCCCCCUGUACCACCUGUGAUAGUAGAACAACUUACAAAAGUGCCAGAAAAGAGAACAGGCAUACUAAAGCCACAAGGGUCUCUUGAGAAAUCUAGAGAAAAAGAAUUUGGUGAAUCCGAGGACAGUGGGCUUACAGUAGGUACUGGUCGCAGAGGUCCUCGUCAGAACAUUGCCAUGCAAACCAUUCUGCGUAAAGGAGUGACUUUGGCUCCAGAGGCUGAUGUGAAGCAGGUUUCUUUUAAAACUCCAUCUCCAACCGCUCUGGAUCGAAACGAUGGAUGGACAAGCCAAAAGUCCGUCCAGUCACAACCUAACUUACCAUCCUCGCCUUUACUUUCACCCACUGCUUCUGCAUCGUUUUCUCAACCACCGCCUCCUCUGCAACAGUUGCAGCAACAGGCCCAAGCGAGAGUUGUACACGUACCCCCACCACCAAUAUUCCCUCUUCCUCCAAUGUCAGUUCCACCUCCAAGCAUUCGCCAAAAUAUGCUUGAUGCUAGUGGCCAUAAUUUUGUUAUUUCUGAAAAUGCUAUGCAAAUGCGUCCACCUUUUGGUGCAUGGCAAGAAGAGGCACUAAUGCCAAAUCUAGUGUCAGAUAGCAACCUCAGAAAUUCUUGGUGGCCUGAACAUGACCAGGGGCCAUCCCAAAGCCGCUCCCAAACAAGGAACCUCCCUGUAAACAUGUACAAUGGUGCUGUGAACUGGGGACCCAUGCCUCCAAAUCAACCACAACCUCAAUACCAGCGACCUCCCCCACAUGUCCAGCAGCCAUUGAGUAAUGGAAUUCAGCAACCACACCACCCUUCCUUGAAUUUGCACAAUUCAACAGUGCAGCAUCAACUUUUCCAACCUCAUUCUGGUUCUAUUCCUAGGCAACAGGAGCCUCAAUUACAUCAGGGUACCCAGGGGUCAUCAAUAAUGUUCCAAAAUCAGCAAUCACAUAGGACUCUCUCAGAAGAUAAAUGUGGAGAUUCUCCCAGUAAUAUUCAAGGUUUCUCUCCAUACUCCCUUUUUAGUACCAAUAACUGGCUAUCUCCAGCAAUAUCACCAGGACGGAGUGGAGUGGAUUCAGAAUCCAGGGAUGGUGUGAACUCUAUCAGGGACAACCCUGACCCAAAUGGAGGCAAUGGAGCAGCCAUAAUGGGAGCACAGUCCCUGUGGUCUGGUCCAGGACCAUCCCCUCUUGAGAGACUGCUAGAACAACAAAAGCAGUUUCGAGAGGGUCCCUCUCCAUCACCUAAGAGUGGGACAUGAACACAUCAGGAGGCAGACACCUUGCUCGCUGGAAGUGAGACUUGGUUGGCUUUUAUCUUUGAAAUUUACUGUAAAGCUCUCUGCUUCAGUUUUCACCAUGGAGCUGUGUGCCCAGUACAUAUUUGUUGUGUUAAACACAUUUUCAGGUAUCCAUGCCCACUUCUUAUCAAAAUCACAAAUAUUGUAUUUGAUGGUGGCCCUUUUGAACUUCGACAUGUUUGGUAGGCUGGAAAAUUUUCAGUCUCUGGUAGUGGCUGCUUCAGUGUUCAUGAAUGAUUUUUUUUCUGACUGAAUUUGCAAUGCUGUGAAAAUACAUUGAAUUUGUUGUGAGAUUGACGUGGGAGCAGCUUAACGUGUGCAGAAGUUACUUUAUUUUUUCAGAUUUUAUUCCUUUGCCAAGACUGAAGGUUUGGGUUUUCUUACUGAUGUUAAAAUGAAGCAAUAGAAUAUUUACUGUGCAGAAUCCACUGCUAGAAUCUACAUACCUUAAAUUUCUACCACCAAAAUAAGGUUUUAUAUCAAUACAUUUUCUGUUAGGCAUCAUUUAAAAGAGAAAAAACCAUGAGUAAUGAGCAAAGGAAAUUGCAGAUUCUAAGUUUGUUGGUAGCAUUUAAUGCUAUGCAACUGAAAAUUAAUUGGUUUAUUGAUUAAUGUCAUCUUAAUUGUUCUUAAGAAUUCAUAUUGUUUUCAACUCUGGUACAAUGCAGGUUUUUGCAUGAUGUAUAUUUAGCAAAGUACUUAAAUUUUUCCAAGACUAAGUGCGUUUAUUUGAUUUCUCUGUUUGUGAUCUGCUGAGUGCAUUUUGUAGGAAUGUUAUGAAACUUAAAAUUUACUUGGGCUAUUUUCAGCCUGUAAAGCAAAUGGUUAUCAUAUCAAAAUGAUAACGACUAGUCAGUCAUUUUAAUUUGACAUGAUCUCGAAGUUGAAGAGAAAAGAUUUCUGUGUUGUAGCAAGACAAACUUAGUGUAUUGAAUGUGAUUAUAAUGCUUUGAAAAGAUGCUGGAUUGUUUUGCUCUUAGAUGUCAUUAGCAAUGAAAAAUUGCACAUCUCUCAGUGUGCUGUUUCAAUUAUUUGAAAAUUUAGAGGAAAUGUGUUUUGAGACAUUAAUUGUCUUAGACAAAGUGUCAGAUGUAAGUUUUGAGUUGUAUUUCAUUUGUGUGUUUUCAAGUGCGACCCCUUCAAUGGGGGAAGUGAAAGUGAAUACUGUAUGUUGAGCAUACUGUGUCGAUGUAGCACUGAAUGCAUUCAUUUUAGUUGAACUGAUCCGUAGCUAAUUAGAGACAAAUUAGCAAAUAACCUAUUCAAAGCACAAUACCAGUAAUUAGUUAAUCUGUUUAAAAAGAAAUGCAUUUAUGGAGAUAAAAUGUUGGGUUUCAUAUUUUAAAUGUUCCAAAAAAAUAAAAUGAAGUUCUUAU